AACACACCCCUUAUUAAAACACCAAACCCUAACCCCCCACCAUCCCCACCCUCUCUCUGUCUCUAAAUAUCUUCUCUUCUCCCUUCCCAUCCAAACACAAUGAAACCCACCACCAUUUCAAGAUCCCUUGCCACAAAAAAGAGAAGAAAUCACGAGUCCAACUUUUACAGAUACUUGAAACCUGGUGCGCUUGCUCAACUCAGGGAUUCCAAGAUCAGCUCGCUAACACGGUUAUCUGUCCAUCAAUUUGACUCAAUCCCUACAACCCCACGACAGAUCUCUUCAAUUCUUGAUCUUGAACAAGUCCCUUGUUUUCUCAUGAGCAAGAUUCGGGGUCCUGCUUGUUCUCUUAAGAGGAAGAGGCUUGUGGCUGCUAGAUCUGUGUUUUUACUCAAUUUGGAUCCUUCUAACUCUCCUGUUUUAGAUCCCAGUAGUAGUAAUAAUGAUAGUGGUUCUCUAAUUAGUGUGUAAAUUUCCCCCACCCUUUUGGUUGUAAUUUUUUUGUUUAAUGAAUGGAUCAAGAGCAUCUAAUAAAGUUGUUUAGUAAUUGAA